AUGUCGUCUGCUGCUAUGCAAACGGUUCCUCAGUACACACCCGCCCGUUCCACUGCUACCUAUGUUUCACUUCCCCAUCCAAUCCCCGCUUCGACGUCUCAAUACGACUAUGCGCAGCAACUAUUCAAUGACUUACCCCGGUCAACGCAACCAUCGUGGCGGUCGCGUGACCCUCAUACUGCCGUCGUGAGCACCGCGCUAAGUUCUCAGCAGCCAUCUUCUCCCCCGACGACGACAUAUUCUUCGGCUAUGAGCGACCCCCACGAACAAGCUCCGCCGUUGUCCACCCAUGCAUCCCCAUCUUUGAACCCCACACUGCCGACGCCUGGCCAGAAUAGUAACCGAGCACCCGUAUACCCCGAUCUUCAAGGUGCUCCUCCCAUCCCGCCGCCGAGGACAUCUUCAACUCAUCGGACUCAACAUGGUUCAAGCACUACAUCAUCCUCCGGCGAAAGAGUCUCUAGUUCGCGCCGCAACAAGAGCAAACCUGACGAUCGAAGCACCGGCCACCGCGAAAGAAGAGGCGACGAGCCUCGCUCGCACUGUUCAGCAGCUCAUUCGUCUGAGGAACCGACGAGGGAACCGUCCGGUAAGGGAUCGAGGCGAGUCCAGACAGGAUCAUCCUCAGCGGUCGACUCACGCUCGGAGGAGGUGAUGGAGACCAUCCCCAGCCUGGGAACUUUGGUAAAGGAGUCCAGUACAGUUAUCAACCAAGUGGUGGUAAGUGACCCAUCAGUGGACAUCAUGAGGGAGCAAGCACGGCAAGCCGAAGCGUCGAUAUCGCCUUCUAGCGACAGUGCUCCGCCAUCGGGACUCGCCUUGGUCGGCAGCGAGGGUGUGGAUGACGGAGGGCGCGGCGGACUACGCAGUCGGCACGACUUCAACGAAAACACGAUCAAGCGCAAAGAGACUACGUUCGGCCAGUACAUCCUUGGGCAAACUCUCGGUGAGGGCGAGUUUGGAAAGGUCAAGCUGGGUUGGAAGAAAGAUGGCAGCGUCCAGGUUGCCAUCAAGCUCAUUCGGAGGGAAUCUCUCGGAUCCAACCCUAAUCGGCUGCCCAAGAUCUACCGAGAAAUCUCCAUUCUUCGCGAUCUCCAUCACCCGAAUAUCGUUCGACUCCAUGAAAUGGUGGAGACCGAUCGCCACAUCGGUAUUAUUAUGGAAUAUGCAUCAGGUGGAGAGCUCUUUGACCACAUUCUGAACAAUCGUUACCUCAAAGACAAUUCGGCCCGGCGCCUGUUCGCCCAGCUCGUAUCAGGCGUGGGGUAUCUUCAUAAGAAAGGCAUUGUUCAUCGAGAUCUCAAACUGGAAAAUCUGCUCCUGGAUCGCAACCGCAACAUCAUCAUCACGGAUUUUGGCUUCGCCAAUACAUUUGACCCAAGCAUGAGACGGGGCGACCUGAUGCAGACCAGCUGCGGAAGCCCGUGUUAUGCGGCCCCCGAACUGGUGGUGAGUGAUUCACUGUACACAGGGCGCAAAGUGGACGUCUGGAGCUGCGGUGUGAUCUUGUAUGCUAUGUUGGCUGGCUAUUUGCCUUUCGAUGAUGAUCCAGCAAAUCCAGAUGGCGAUAACAUCAAUCUGUUGUACAAGUAUAUUGUUAGUACACCGCUGACGUUCCCGGAAUACGUGACACCGCAUGCUCGCGAUCUUUUGAGACGGAUAUUGGUGCCCGACCCGCGCAAACGAGCAGACCUUUUCGAAGUGGCUCGUCACAGUUGGCUUAGCGAGUUUUCGCAUGUUGUGUCUCACAUCACGAGCAGUACAACCAAAGUUGCGGACAUUGCCGACACGACAGUUCCUCCUGAAAGCCAUAGGGAAGCCCCAGCGCUGGCUCGCAGUGCCUCCGUCAGAGAGCCUCCGAAAGCAUACCAGAGCUCGAUACCUACGGUUGGAGGGCUUGUGCAUCAAUCCGGAGACAUCUCCCAAGAGCCGUCAGUCGAUCGGUCAAAGACUUCUCGGGACACAAAACGGCGAACGGUACAGGUCGAAUAUGUCGCCCCCCAAUCUCAGACAGCAAGAGGAGAAAGCCCUUCCGCGCCAGAAUCCCCGAACGCAAAGCCAUCCGAAGUCCUUCCAGCCGCAAGGCCCGGCAGUCGAGAUGCGGCGGCAAACACACAAGUAGGCGCUCUACCCUCGGGUGUUCAUAUGGAGCAGCGCUCAAUACGGGCUGGAGAACCCAAGGCACCCGCUGGCUCGGUGCCGCCUACCCCAGGGCAUUUGCCCCGAUCGACCUCGGACAGCACUGCCCUCACGGGAACGCACACGACAAUGCCUCCGACGCAAGCCACGCGGCCUACGACGGGCGCCUCAAUGGCCUCGUUCAAUACUGGUCGCUUGCCCUCUCGGGGUUCAUACGGACAGCCUGUGGCUCCUACUGUUGCAGCAACCAACGCACAGGGUCGCCUUGCCCAGCCAAAGAGCAAGCAAUAUGUGAUCUCGGCACCAAUCCCUCAGAAUUCCUCGCAGCACGCUGCCAUGUCGAUCGGACGUCCAAGCACACAGGCCCUCCCGGCCAAAUUCAACACCACCCCUCGGCAGGAACCACUCAAGGGCCAUAAGAGGUCCAAUACGGUCUCGGGCAUUGGCGAAAAGCUCUUUGGGCGAUCAGGAUCCAUCUUUGGCGGUCGUGGAACACAGACCGCUCCUCGUCAGAAACCCAGCAAGCGGUAUCCCCCAACAAGCAUGAGGGAUCCAUUUGCCGGAGAGGAAAUUCGAGUCUCCAUGGAUUCCCGACGGUCCAUCCAAUAUGGAUCUAACCGGAAGAUGAGCGAAACUGGCGGUGAGAAUAGACCACGCCGGUUUUCCUUGCUACCAGCAUCUUUCUCCCUCCGGGGUUUUUCCUCAAGCCGAUCGCAGACUCCCGAAGAGGAAUCCCAAACAAGUCGUUCCACUGAUCAACGAGUCCAGCAACGUCCCUCGGCCGGAGUUAUCCGCCCUCGAGCGCGCGCCACCAGCUACGGAACGCAAGAUGCCAUGGGUAUGGUGUCUGAUGGACCAGGGGAGGGGGUACUGGCCUCAGAGGAGCCGGUCAACUACCAAGCCCGUAUUGAUCAACAAUUCGCGGAGUUGCACGGUUUGCAAUCCGCGGCGUACCAACCUACCUCGUACAGCAGCACAUCGGCCGAGCACGUAUACCAUAAUGGCAACGAUCAUCAGUACGAACAUCAAUACGCCAAUCACUCGACACCGAAUUACUAUGACGAGUAUACUAGUGACGCCCGGCCAUCAAUGCAGGUUGGCCGGGCCGGAAGAGGCCCCAACGUUCUACAGAAGAACAAUAGGAAGUUUGCCGAUGCUUACGAGUACGAACGAGACCCCUCUCAUCACUCCGGCAGCUCCGGUGCAGCCAGGAAAGUCAUGGAUUUUUUCCGUCGAAGAGCCAAAUCCAGGGCCGGUGAUGACCGUUGA